AUGGCGGGCUUAUCAACCCGGUUGACAUGCGCGUCAACCUCCCUCAAUGCGAGCUUUCGGGCACUGUCCUUGAACAUCACAAAUCCUCUGAUUAAACGCGGCUUCUCAACAUCGUCGUGUCUCCAAAAACGCAAGACUCUACCUACAGCGAUUCCACAAUAUCCAUACAAGCCGAAUUACCAGUACAAGCAAGCCGAUAGCGGUCUAUACGGUGGUGUGUCAAUCAGUUUCGGCAACAAGAUUUCCAAGGGCAGAAAUAAGGGCAAAACAAGGCGCUCAUGGAAGCCCAAUGUGCGAUGGAAGAAGAUGCACAGCGAUGCGCUGAACAAGGACAUCAUGAUCAAGCUUACACGGAAGGCAUUACGAACCAUUGAAAAGUGUGGUGGACUCGAUCGCUAUCUAUUAUCGGACAAGCCGUCUAGAAUAAAAGAGCUAGGAUUAACCGGAUGGCAGUUGAGAUAUCAGAUUAUGCAGACGCCUAAAAUGCAGGAGAAGUUUGCGAGAACGAGGAAAGCAUUGGGCUUGCAGCCACCCCCGGAGACAUUCGAAGACUGGCUAAAGCUUAGGGAGUUAGAGGAGAAAGGACUUAAAAAGGCUGAAGCAAUUUCCAAUGAGGAUUCAUCGCCCCCAAACAAGAGCAAGAGCAAGGAUGUGAACAAGGGGAAUAAGAGAGAGAAGGGCACGGAAGAGGAGGUGCCGAAGUUCGCAUAA